AUCAAGAUGGGCACGAAAGGAAUCCGUUUGAAGAUGCUGCUUCCGUUGAUGGUGGCCAUUGUUUUAGCCGAAACUACCGGCAGCCAGGUUCAAUUGGAUCCGGAAAUUAACCUGCCAGCGAUCGUUUUUCGCAAGGAACACGGAACACCGGCCAAGUUUCGGGGAGCUACCUUCCAGAAGAAUUUCUGUGCGGCUUUUCCAGUGGCUGAUGGCACUUUUCUCACUUCGGCUCACUGCUUGGCAACCGCUGCAAGCAUUGAUCUGGUCGGACUGGGAAACGUGGAGAUUGAAAAGAUCGGGACCCAUUCGAAGUUCGAUUUAAAAGUGUUCCAGCUGAAGAACCGAAAUCUGACCCCACGAUCAAGGCAUGUAGGCCUUGACUCCGAGGUCAUGGACGAUACAUGUGCCGUUCUUGUUUUGAAUAAAGCUUUCCGCUGGACAGUCCUACCUGGAGCAACUCCCACGCGCUGUCUGGACAACGCCUCGAAGGACAAGAUUUGCUUCAAAUCGGAGAAGACUCCGGCCGGAUUGGACUUUGCCGUUGUUUGCGAAGGAGGCCGGACGCUGCAUGCUGUUUUCCACGGUCAGCGUGGUGCCGAAGUCAGCUUUACCGUAUGCAGUACGGCUCAUUGCUCGGAAUUCGUGAAACAAAGUGCCACAACACGUGUGAAACGGCAGGGAGUUGAUUCAGCUGUUCCACCAGCAGAUGAUUCAGUGGUUCCACCAGCAGAUGAUCCAGCGGUUCCGGCAGCAGAUGAUCCAGCGGUUCCGGCAGCAGAUGAUCCAGCGGUUCCGGCAGCAGAUGAUUCAGCGGUUCCACCAGCAGAUGAUUCAGCGGUUCCACCAGCAGAUGAUUCAGCGGUUCCACCAGCAGAUGAUUCAGCGGUUCCACCAGCAGAUGAUUCAGCGGUUCCACCAGCAGAUGAUGCGGCAGUUCCGCCAACUGAUAAUGCUUCCCCCACUGCCACUUCCGGAUCAUCAGGCAAUGCUCCAGUCCCAAGUGAUUCCUCUGCACCUGCACCAAGUGCAGGGGCCGUUGCUGCUGCAACCAACACAGACACUACUCUCCCAGGUCCAGACGCCAAUACUGACGGCUUUCCUUUUCCACCACCUCUACAUCAGGCGUUCAAAAUCAUGCCAAAGAAGUUUCCUUAUCCACCGUUGGAAGUAGUUCAGAGUGCCCCGGUUCCAACAAGGGCACACAAGCGACCCGUGUUGCAGAAUCCCUAUGCAGUUCAAGCACCUAAGGAAAAGUCAUUUCCAGAACCUCUUGCUAUCAUUUCGAUGACAACCGAACAGCCCGUACAACAGGUCAAGGAGCAGCCGAACCAUUUCGUCUCAAACAACGGUGACGUUUCAGUGCAGCUUCCAAUGCGAACCGAGUCCCCGGAUUUGUCGGAUCUGACGGAGUACGAAGUGCUUGGAACACAAGAUGCACCCGUGCUUUCUGCGAACAACGACGUCAAAGCAGAGGAAGCUCCUGCAGCUUCACCCCAGUAUGUUGCUACUUCCGAUAAACAGUAUGCUGUCCCAGCAGCUGUACAGCAGCAAGUUCAAAGACCCAGUGCUGGAGGCUUCGCUAUGGCACCGGCAGAUUGGCGCUACUCCGUUACACCAAGACCGCAGCGAAGAUGCAAAACGACAACCUUCAGACCGUCGUGCCGAGCCCCGCAGCCAUCCGCUGCAGAAGCUGCUGCAUACAACAACCAGGGACAAAUGGCCGCUGGAUCUCCGGCAAUGGGUGCGGCCAACUAUCCCGUAUAUUCUUCACCUGAAAACUAUCAACCGAAUCAGGCAAUGGGAGGGGCUGCAGUGGGAGCCGCUGUAGCAGGUUCCAGUCGCCCGGUCGGUCCGGAUCCGUGGAUGGUGGCCGCUCAAAAAGCAGUUCCAACGGGUUCUGUCCAGCCUAAGGACGACGAAAAUGAACCCGAAACUGGAGCGGUGGAAUCUUCCGCCGAACGCAAUUCACUGGCGGUCAUUGCUCUCGUAGUAGCCAAUGCUUUGUACUUUAUGUUGUAA